AUGGACGAGCGAUAUCAGAACAAUCCACGAAAUUACACGGGAAUAAUACAACCAAGUAACGAUUCUGUUCAUAGUUACAGCGGAUUUGGCAGAUCAGCGGAAGUAAUACAAAGUGAUAGAAAUCCAAAUGUAGAAUAUAACGACACAAACAAAUUAUCAGUUUAUGGACAAGAACAGCGAUUGAAAUCGGGAUAUGUAAGCGAAUUGGAAGGACAGCCACACAGAAGUAGGGAAUCAUCAUCCUUUGUGUACCGAGAACCGGAAAGGACUUAUGGAAGCAGAAAUGGUAUGGAGCUUCAGCCGGAUCUUUUGAUAAAACAGGACAGGACAAGACAUGAAAGACGUGGAAGGCGACAUUCUCAUCGCAAUCGCCACCGUAUCUGGGAACAAGCAUUAACCGGCCAGGGAUAUCCGGCCAUGCAAGAAGCGAUCCCUGCCAAUUCAAUACCGGAAGCAAAGAUCUUACACGCAGUACCUUCCCAACCAACAACACCUGAAAAUCUAACCUGGCUUGGAGCAGCAGAUCAAAAGAAAGGGGGAAAUGAGGAAAAGAAUGAAGAAAAGGAUAAAUCGAAUGAAAAAUUCUCAAAAUCAACAUCGGUGGAGCAAAUGCAACAAAAAGUGCCAGAAACUAUAUCGAGAACAAAAACAAGUGAGGAAUUAUCUCUGGUCAAACAUGAGCAGAUCAAUGAAGAUGAUCAGCAAAUGCGGCAAAAACGGAAAGUAAUUCAGUUCAUCGAGCAAAUUGCAAAAGUUGGAAUGGGAGGGAUGAAAGAUGAAUUCGUCCAUUGUCGAACUUUUAUUCCGAAUGCCGUAACUCGGACUGCGCAUGACCAGAAUCUGAAAAGAUGCCGAUAUCCUGAUGUAAUAUGUAUCGACCAAACACGUGUUGUGCUCAAAAGUGGUGACGAAGAUUCGGAUUUUAUACACGCAAGCCGAAUUCCACUCGGCGAUAAUCCUAAUGAGAUUAUCAUUACGCAAUUGCCAUUACCGAAUACGGUAAAACAUUUCUGGGAAAUGGUUUGGCAGGAAAAUGUUCGAACAAUAGUAUUGUUUUUAACUUUAAAUGAAUGGAAGCAACAUGCCGAAAAUAUUCAGCUGAUUCCUGGAAAAGGAAAGUGCUUGCACAUUGAGGAAUUUAUGGUGUUGACACAUAAAAAUGAAAUUAAUAUCGCACCUGAUUGGCUGGUGCAUGAGUACUAUUUAUCAAAAAGCAAUGAAAUACGUCGAAUUUUAUGGUAUCACUACAGUGCUUGGGAACCAAAUAGAUCACCAAAAGAUUGCGAACAUUUAUGGCCUUUACAUUCAUCCUUAAGAAAGAUGCGUCGACCAUAUAUAUGUAUGAGUCUUGCUGGAGUAGGAAGAGCUGGAUGCUAUGCCGCUUUAGAAUGGGCACACUUAAUGCUGCAUGAUAAAAGAGCUUCAGCGGUAAAUAUUGCUGAAUGUGUGCGGAAAGUUCGUACGUAUCGAAUGCAUGCUGUACAAACAGUUGCGCAAUUUCAAUUCCUCUAUAUAGGCAUUCAGCGUCACAUUUUUCUUGUUGAGAAAUUUCGAAAAGAAAUUUCGUCUGAACAGGCAAUAUUUGAAGCAACAAAGAAAUGUUCUUUAAUUGAAUAUAAUUAUUUUCGAUCCGGUGGUUAUCCAACAGAUGAUGAUUUUGACUUGUUACUCAACAGAUGA